AUGGCUAAUGCUGAAAACACUGCUUCUCUUCCUCCCAUAAUUGAAGAUGAGAGUGAUGAAAAUUUGCUUCCUAUGUUUUAUCAAAAAGAACUAGAAAGGAAAGAUUACCGCACACAUGAAAAAAGUUCCACUUCGAAUAAUAAAAGAGAUUUUUCUGAACAAACAAAUGAAACACAGCUGCCAUAUAAUUCUUGGAAAGCCAAAAACAGAAUGUUUAAUAGAAAUGGAGAAAAUGGAAUUUCUCCAGAUAUGGUAAGCAGAUUAGGCCAGUCUCUAGAAAAUUGUCAUUCCAUUGUUCCAGGUAGAUCACAAGAAGGUUACCAAUCUGCUAACCUUCCACAUGCUAGGUAUAUUCAGGAUAACUCAGGUUACCAUAAUGCGAUGAACCAUACUGAACAAGAUUUUGGAAACCCUAGUAACGUUGAAACUAAGAGAUACCAUCAUACUCAGCAAGAUGUACCUAACAAUCCACAGAUGUUUGAUCCUAAUUUUAUUCAAAACUCUAUGCCUGGAAUUUAUGCUAAUGGAUAUCCAGGAUUCCUUUUAAAUAGUAACCAAAACAUGAUUAGUCCUAAUGGAAAUUCUGCCUUUCAUGGAAGAUCACCUGUAAACAAUUCCUAUAAACAUUGUGCUGUUUCACCUAGCCCUAUUCAUCUCCAAUCUUCUCCGAAAACACCAUGCACUCCUCAUCCUCUUAAUUCUGGAUUUCAUCACGAAAAUCAGAGAUUUGAGAAAGCACCGUGUCAAAAGAAUUGUUGUCGAGGUAGUUUUCCAAAUCAAACUACUUAUAUGGGUAGUAUGAUGCCAUCUGAUGGACCUCAUAGUAAUUAUGCCAAUCCGACGUUUGAAAAUUCCAUUUCUUCUCGUCAUAAGCAACAAAAAAGUAACUGUCAUUGCUACCAUGGCUCGGAAACAAAGCCUCAAAAAAAAGAUAAAAGAACAGAGAAAAAUGUAAAUAAACAAAUCAAUGAUUUAUAUAGAAUUGUGUGGUUGCAAAACCAGCAAUUAAUUCAACUACAAAAUGAUUUUAAAAAAUUGAUCGAAUAUAGUGUGAAAAAUGAGGACAGAAACCAAAAAUUUUCAGAGCAAGAACAUUCAUCCAAGAAACAAUCAAAAAGCACUAUGGAGAAAAGAAUGUUUAAUUUGCAAGUCAUCGAAGAAAAUCAAAAUUUAAUGGAAAAAGUUUCAGUUGGUAUUAUGACAAGUUUUAUUGAUACCACUUCUGUCAAGAAGAAAAAAAAGAAAAGAGAUACAAAGAAAAAAAAAGAAAUUGAACCACCUCCUCCUGACAGUUCAUCAGAAAGUGAAACAUCCAGUUCUGUUGAAGUGUCAUCUGAAGAGAAAGAAAGAGCCAUCAUACAUCGAAAUAUCCAGAAAAAGAUCGGGAGUAAAAAAAGUAAAUCUGGAAGAAAUGUUGAGGAUUCUAUUUUAUUAAAUGGAAUAGAUUUACCUGCAUUUAUUGAAAGUACUCCUUCCCCGACUGGUUCUGUGAGCAUUGAUAUGCAAGAUUACACAUCAUCGUCGGAUUCUGAUUCAAGUGAUGAUUCAGAUAGCGCUGAAGAUAAACCUGCUCCAGUAGGAUGGACAUUUUAUGAUAAAGUAGUGGGUAAAGUUAACAAUAUGCUGAAUGAAUCAGAAUCGGAAACCGAGGAAUCAGAAAAUGAAAUACGCAAUAAGACUUUAGAACAGCUUAGAAAAUUAGGAGUUAGCAUUGAAGAGAGUCCAGCUUCUAAUAAACGGGUGACAUUCAAUGAAGCAGCUUAUAUUCCUCAGCAGCAGAAGUUGUUUCUUGGCGAAUCGGAUACUAGUAUGAAAAUGAAUGCUUUGGCCAUGAAAUAUUUACAAGAGGACAAGGCUGUCAUAGAAUCGAGCUCACCAAAAAGUGUAGAUAAAUGCACAGCUGGCCUAGCUAACAACACAAACUUGUCAGUUGCUACGUUACGUUAUUUAGAAAAGUAUCAUCUACCCGUGGUUACAAAUUCUCCUGAAGUUAAAAGUGAAAAAUCUAAAAAGAAGAAGGAAAAAAAGAAAGAAGAAAAGAAAGCUUUUAAAAAGAAAUCUAAGACAAGCGAUCAUUCAGGAAAAAUUUUGGAUAUAACUGCGAUAAAGCAGCAACCAAAAUUAUUACCCAAAACACAGUAA